CCCUUUUCCCUAUUUUAAUUGCAAUUUUGUUGCCGUCCCAUUAAUUGGAAUUCAUAUUCAUUACAAUUCUCAGACGACAUUUCCGCAGAAAAAAAUUUUUACACGAAAUUCGCCAAUUGCAUUGCCUAAGUAGACUUCUUUCGUUUUCUUAACCCAAUGCCUCGGUAUUACUGUGACUAUUGUGACACUUACUUGACACAUGAUUCGCCUUCUGUCCGAAAACAGCAUAAUGCCGGUUACAAACACAAGGCUAAUGUACGGUCUUAUUAUCUGAAAUUUGAGGAGGAGCAAACACAGAUUAUGAUAGAUCAGAAAAUCAAGGAGCGCCUUGGGCAGGCAACAGCCUACCAGCAAAUAGGUGCAGCUUAUAAUCAACAUCUUGCUGCCUUCCCUGGUCAACGGCCCCGCCUACCUAUGAUGCCACCUCCUGUGCUGCCUGUUCCAGGAGCUAUGCCCCCACAAUCAAUGCCAAGUGUCAGGCCUCCCAUUUUGCCACCUCCAGUUCUUGGUGCUCCAGGUUAUUCAGCGGUUCCUCCAACAGCACCAAUUGCAGGGCAGAUGCCACCUGUUUCAUCCUUGCCGAUGCAACCCAAUGCUGUUCCAGCUCCUCCUGCUAUGAACCCUCUUGCAGGUGUUCCAGGUGUAGCGGCUUCACCUACUCUAGGCAGUACCUCUGUUCCUGCUACACAAUUAAUGUAUCAGCCAGGCGGUACCUCUGUUCCUGCUACACAAUCAAUGUACCAGCCAAAUCCCAAUGGAAUUGCUGCCUCUUCUGCUAAUGCUACAACAACCAGCUAGAUUUGUGCUCAAGUAGUUUUACUAUCUUCUGUAUUCUCGGUAGGAUAAUUAUGGUUUUGGAUGAAAUGGCAAAAGGAACAAUGGCUUCUUAAUGAGUACCAGUACUGAACUUCAUCAAGUUCUCCAGUUAAUUGUAGAGAAGAGAGAGAACUUUUGCUUCUGGAGUUGAUACUAGGAAGAAUAUCAAUUACUUGAUCUGAUCUAUGAGUAUUUACUGGUUCUUAUGCAUUGUAGCUUAAUCUUAUACAAGGAACCUUGGACUUCUUGUCAGUAUUGUUCUACCAAUUCCCUUAAUUGGACUGAUCGUUCGAAAUUAAGCCGA